AUGGGAUUCGUCGGAAAUUUAUUGGGAAUAAUUGGUUUUGGAAUCGGAAUUCCAAUUGGCAUUCUUCUGGGAUUCUUCAUAUUCAUAUACUUUGAGACAAGAGAUACUAAGGAUUUUGACGCUAAUAAGUCGCUUGAAGAUUAUGACUCUAGCACCUUGAUUGAUCUUCUCCCAAACCUUCCACUAUGGGUGAUGAAUCCAGAUUACGAGCGAGUCGAUUGGUUAAACAAGUUUAUCCAGGACACAUGGCUAUACUUUGAUAAGGUAGCCUGUGGAAUUAUUAAAAGCACAGCAGAACCUAUUUUUUCUGAGUACAUAGGCAAGUUUCAGAUAAAAUUCAUAAAUUUCAAGCAUCUUACUCUUGGAAAUCUUCCUCCCAAAAUUCAUGGACUCAAAAUUCAAGAGUCUAACGAGAAUAAACUGGUUUUUGAUCUUGCACUGACAUGGGCUGGAAAUGCUGUCAUUGUUCUGGCAAUAAAACUAUUAUCUCUGGAAGUCACUGUUGAGUUGAUAGAUAUACAAAUAUCUGCUGCAAGUCGGAUAAUAUUGAGACCUUUUGUGCCAACAUUCCCAUGUUUUGCAAACAUUGCAAUAUCUUUGAUGGAGAAGCCACAGAUAGACUUUGGGCUGAAAGUAAUGGGAGGGGAUAUUAUGGCAAUCCCAGGGCUAUACCAAUGUGUUCAGGAAGUUAUACGCAAGCAAGUUGCAGGGCUUUAUCUCUGGCCCCAUACGUACGAAAUACCCAUUCUUGACUGUUCAAUAGGAGCUGCCAAGAAGCCAGUGGGAAUUCUGCAUGUAAAGGUCGUGAGAGCAAAAAACCUUUUAAACAUGGAUGUUCUCUCAACAUCUGAUCCCUACGUUAAACUCAGCCUUAGCGGGGAAAGGCUUCCGGCUAAGAAGACUUCUGUCAAGAUGAAUAAUUUGAAUCCCGAGUGGCUUGAGGACUUCAAGAUGACUGUAAAGGACCCCCAGUCUCAAGUCCUCCAAAUGCAUCUCUAUGACUGGGAAAAGUUUGGAGCACAUGAUUAUUUAGGGAUGCAAGUUAUUCCUCUGAAUAUACUCAUUCCAUACGAGAAGAAAGAGUUUACACUCAAUUUGCUAAAUAGUAUGGACUCCGAUGAUCCUCAUAACAAGCAGCCUCGAGGUCAAAUUACAGCGGAGACGACGUUCGUUCCUUUCUUAGAAGACAGUAAAAAAUUUUGUGGAACUACAGAUCAUGAGCAAAAUGGAAGUUUUCAUGAUGCUUCGGAGAAGGUUUCUUUGAUAGGGUCAGGUUUACUUUUAGUUACAAUCAUAGGUGCAAAGGAUGUCGAAGGCAAGAACCACAACAACCCUCAUGCCAUGAUCCUCUUUAGAGGAGAUAAGAGAAAAACCAAGACAAUCAAGAAAACUCGGAAUCCAAUUUGGAACGAGGAAUUUCAGUUUGUGUUAGAAGAGGCUCCUGUAAAGGACCUAAUUCACAUUGAAAUCAUUAGCAAGGGAAGACGCCGCCUUGGUUUUAUGUCAAAGGAAUCUCUGGGGCACGUGGAUAUAAAUCUAUUCGAUGUAGUGUCCAAUGGACAUAUCAAUGAGAAAUAUUAUCUUAUCGAUUCUAGAGAUGGGUUAAUACAUGUAGACAUAAGAUGGAAGAGAUGUGCUUGUGGUGGAGAGGUGGUGUUGAGCCCAAGCCUGAUAUGGGCUAUACUAGCCUCGUCUUUCCUUAGGCGGACAAGCCCACCAAAAAAUGUAGGCCAUACCAGGCCUUUGGGCAGGACUCAUGUCCAGUCGGCCUGCCCAUGA